AUGCAGUACAAGGAUAUAGCUAACUACAGUGACAGCACGGAGAACCCCCCACUGGAAAAUCACAUCUGCUCCACAGCUGAGGAGCCCCUCCUGACCUCCUUCAAGGCUGUGUUCAUGCCUGUGGCCUAUGGCCUCAUCUUCCUCCUGGGUAUGAUGGGCAACAUCCUGGUGUUGGUGAUCCUGGAGCGGCAUCGACAGACACGCAGCUCCACCGAGACCUUCCUCUUCCACUUGGCAGUGGCUGACCUCCUGCUGGUCUUCAUCUUGCCCUUUGCUGUAGCUGAGGGCUCUGUUGGCUGGGUCCUGGGCACCUUCCUCUGCAAAACUGUGAUUGCUCUGCACAAGAUCAACUUCUACUGCAGCAGCCUACUCCUGGCUUGCAUUGCUGUGGACCGCUACUUGGCCAUUGUCCACGCUGUCCACGCCUACCGCCAUCGCCGCCUCCUCUCCAUCCAUAUCACCUGUGCGACCAUCUGGUUGGCAGGCUUCUUCUUUGCCUUGCCAGAGAUUCUCUUCGCCAAGGUCAGCCAACCCCAUCACAAUAACUCUCUGCCGCUCUGCACCUUUUCCCAAGAGAACCAAGCUGAAACCAACGCCUGGUUCACCUCCCGCUUCCUCUACCAUUUCGGGGGAUUCCUGCUGCCAAUGCUAGUGAUGAGCUGGUGCUAUGUAGGGGUGGUGCACAGGCUGUGCCAGGCCCAGCGGCGCCCUCAGCGGCAGAAAGCAGUCAGGGUGGCCAUCCUGGUGACGACUGUCUUCUUUCUCUGCUGGUCACCCUACCACAUCAUCAUUUUCCUGGACACCCUGGCGAGGCUGAAGGCUGUGGGCAGUAGCUGUGAGCUGAAUAGCUAUCUCUCUGUGGCCAUCACCAUGAGUGAAUUCCUGGGCCUGGCCCACUGCUGCCUCAAUCCCAUGCUCUACACUUUUGCAGGGGUGAAGUUCCGUAGUGACCUGUCACGAAUUCUGACCAAGCUGGGCUGUGCCGGUCCUGCUUCCCUUUGCCAGUUCUUCCCUACUUGGCGCAAGAGCAGUCUCUCUGAGUCAGAAAACGCCACCUCCCUCACCACCUUCUAG